AUGUCCUUAACCGUGCCAACUCUUCUUUUGAUAUUCGUAAUGGAUUUAGCCGCAAUCUUUUUCAACGGACUACUGUUACAGAGCUGCUACAAAGAUGAAAAAAAAUACAGAUCUAUCAAAAAGUGCUGGAUAUUAUUAGGUCUUCAAGUCGCUUGCCAAGUUGUAAUUCUGGUCGCGGAUGCCGCGGGAUGGUGGAAUGGUUUCCGUAUUCAAGCUACGGAAUCCUGUAAUGUCUUGAGGGUUCUUUCCUUGUCCAUGAUGUUUUUUCAAAUUAGUAACCUGGUGGCAAUCAUGAAAGUGUGCUAUGAACAUCCCUCAGUACAUGAAGAACAUAAAACAUUUUCUUGCCUUUCAUUGUACGCGAUGCUUCUUCUGAGAUUCAUCGCUUCUGCAAUGAUCUUUUGGCACCAUUGCUUAUUGCAAACGCCCAUUUUUCAAGUCGUCCUCAAAGUUACGUUGAUUUUGACCAUGUCUAUUGACUUCUGUUUGGUUUCCGUAACCUUGGCUAAAGACGAUACUGAGAGCAACAAGGAGAUCGUGUCACCAAAAUCAGACGCCGCGAUGGAUUCACGUUUCUUGUUACGGUCGUGGAGAGCUUGGACAGAAAACAAGAAGUCCUUACUCGUUAUCGUUUUUGUUGCAACAUGUUCGGUGCUGAUUUUCAGCGACAUGGCCCGUGCUCGUUUCGAAUCAGCACUAUGGGGUCACGAUUUGAAAGGAGCCACGUCGUUUCAUAUAAUUUUUUAUCUACUAUUCCUCAAAUUUUGUUGGGGAAUAUGUGUACCAGUAACACUGUAUGAUGCGAUUGAUUUAAGCUAUCCCAGAAAGAAAGGCAAAGGCACCAUAACAGUAACAAUUUGAAAGGAAACUUCGCUGUUAAUUACAGAAACUGAAGUAAAACUUCGUUUAUAACACAUGGGUUACUCGAUCUUUCUUUGAAGUAAACAAAACACAUGGCCCAUUGAGUCCCACUAUGUUGUGAUACUCUUCGUUAUUCUUAUUUCUCCAAAGGAUAUCAAUUGGGUUGACUUCAGAGGCACUGUUUCUUGUAGUUUCUAAAUUUUAAAAAUCUAAGGAAAGGUAUCGUUUGAGCUCACAUUGGAAUAAUUGGAUUAUAAGAAG